AUGGAACCGCACAUUGCUGUGCUUGUGUUGGAUACUCCAAUCGAGUCCAUCACGGACGAGUUUGGUGACUUUGGCGAUAACGCGGUAGAGCUCCUCAAGGCAUCUAAAGUUCCGCUCAAGAAGUACCAGAUUGCCUAUGACCUCGCCGACCCACUGCAACAAACCGUGACUGAUCUGAACUUCUCCGACCUACUGGACGGCAUUGACCAGGGCCUGAUCAAGGGUUUAGUGUUAUCUGGGUCACGCUCAGACUCCUUUAAUAACGAGAACCCUUGGAUUCAACUGACAGAUAAGUUCCUUAAGUCGAUCAUCGCCAACCGCCCAGGGUUCCCUAUGGUCGGCCUUUGCUUUGGCCACCAAAUUUUGGCUAAAAACUUGGGCUGCAAGGUCAACAGAAACACGACUGAGAAUGGCUGGGAGUGUGGCAUCACCACCAUCGCCUUGAACAAAAGCAUUCUUUCUGUGGAAAAGUCGCCCUUUGCGGACACCUUGGAGACGGAAGAUGGUAACGUGCUCGAUCACAUCAAUUUGGUUGAGUUCCACAGAGAUGUUGUUUACGGCUUGCCUCCCACUUCCACUUCAAACUCGUUGUUGUCCCAGACCAACUUUCAGUCGAUUGGCAGCACGAACAAAUGCUCCAUCCAGGGUCUUGUGACGGAGUCAGGUCCGGUCAAGAUUCUCACGUUUCAAGGUCACCCUGAGUUCUCCACUCCUGAAACUUUGAAACUCUUGCAGCUUACCCACGAAAUUGGGAAGAUUGACAAGGCGACCUUCGACCGCCUGAGCUAUAAGACCAAUAAUUUGAUCAAUCACGGUACUGUUGUCGCCAAUGUGAUCCUCAAAUUCUUGGAAACUCACAGCUGA